AUGGAGACCUUCGGGCAGUAUCUGGACUCCUACCUUGAGCUGGGGGCCCAGGGGACUAGAGGUGGCAUACUCUUAGCAUGGAACAAGGAUAUGAUCUCAGUGACAAAUGCAGUGAACGGAGUUUUCACCAUCUCAGCUAUGAUCAAAGUUGCCUCCUCUGAUACCCAGUUUCUAAUGACUACGUGUUAUGGCCCAGCUGAUGAUGGCAGGAAAGAGGAUUUCCUUGUUGAACUAAAUGCUAUCAAGCCAGCUGCUGGGGUGCCAUGGAUCAUCCUAGGAGAUUUUAACCUCAUCUAUCAAGCCAGUGACAAAAACAAUCUGAACCUCAACAGAAGACUGAUGGGAAAGUUUUGA